CUUCAUCAAGGAGAACACUUGAAUUCGCAUUUACCAAGACAGUUCAUCUCCACUUCUUCUCGCAUUUCGUUUUCUCGAUUCUGAUAAUCAGCGAAGAUGACUGUAGCUAUUUUGAGUGCUGUGGUGGCAGCUGUGGUGGCAGGAGUGGUGUCAAAAGCUACUUCAGUUGCAACUGAGCAGAUUAGCGUUGCAUUGGGUUUCAAGAAAGAACUGCACAGGCUUGGCAACUCCCUGGAGAUGAUUGGAGCUUUCUUGCAAGAUGCAGAGGAAAAACAAAAAGAAAUCAACUCAGUCAAGCUCUGGUUGCAGAGGCUCAAAGAUGUUGCUCAUGAGGCUGAUGAUGUGUUGGAUGAGUUGGAUUAUGAAACUCUCCGAAGGAAAGUCGAGAUUGGGAACCGAAAGAGGAACAAGGUACGGAACUUCUGUUCUUCCUCCAAUCCCAUUGUUUUUCGCCUCAAGAUGGCAAAUAAUAUCAAGGACAUCCUCAAUUGCUUGGAUGAACUUAGCAAGUUGGCCAAGGACUUUGGUCUCCAACAGUUAGCCUUGGCCAUAGAUCAGAAAACUCCUGGUCCUAUAUUUGAAAGUUCAAAUGUUGAGACAGUCUCCUUCCUGGAUGACUCGCACAUUGUUGGAAGGAAAAUUGAUGUCUCAAAAGUUGUUGACUUGUUGGUCAGCCCCAAAGAUGAACAGGUUGUCUCUGUAGUCCCUAUUGUUGGCAUGGCAGGUAUAGGGAAGACCACUUUAGCGAGGCUAGUUUAUCAUGAUGUGGACGUGGAAAGUCAUUUUGAUAAAAAGUUCUGGGUGUGUGUUUAUGAUGAUUUUGAUGUCAAAAGAAUUUUAAAGGAGAUGUUAGAUCAUUUCCCUAAUCAACAUGCCUUUGUAUCUGAAAAUUUGAAUGUUAUAACGACAAAACUGAAGGAGAAGAUUGAGCAGGCCAAAGGGGAAAAUGAGCAAUUCAAGUAUCUUCUCGUACUUGAUGAUGUGUGGAAUGUUGAUAAAUGGGAUGAGCUAAAACGUUGUCUUUUAGGGCUCAAUAAAGAUAGGGGGAACAAAGUUGUUGUCACAACCCGCAUUGAAGAGGUGGCAUCAAAAUUGGAAACAUUUCCUAAUCGUAAGUAUCAGCCAGAAAUACUGGAAGACGAGGAGUGUUGGUCAAUAAUUAAAGAAAAAGCAUCUAGAGACUCCCCACUAUCUCCAGAGUUAGAGUUAAUCGGCAAGGAAAUUGCUAAACAAUGUCAAGGUGUGCCAUUGGCAGCAAAAGUUAUUGGAGGGACACUGAGCAAUACUGAAAGGAGUCAGGCAGCAUGGUUGAAAAUUCAAAGAAGUGAUGUAUGGAACUCGGUGGAAAGUAUCUUGAAGUUAAGUUUUGAUCACUUGUCGUCUCUGUGUUCGAAGAAGUGUUUUGCAUACUGCUCUAUGUUUCCUAAAGAUUUUUGCUUUGAAAAAGAGCAAUUAAUCCAACUCUGGAUGGCUGAAGGAUUUCUUGGCAGUUCUACGGAAAUGAUGGAUACUGGUAACAGAUAUUUCGAUGAAUUGCUAUCGAAUUCCUUAUUUCAAGAUGUGCAGAAGGACAAGUGGGGGAAUAUUCUAACAUGCAAGAUGCACGACUUAGUGCAUGAUCUGGCCUUGUCUGUGUCAAAGUUUGAAACUUUGAUUUUCCAGGAGAAUUCCACUUCCGUCAUAGAUGGAGUUUCUCAUUUUCGGCGCCUCUGUAUUGGCUAUGAUGGGGAAUCAUUAUCAAAACUGUUAACAGAUAUUGCUCCAAAAUUGCACUCCUUGUUUUCAGAGAUUGAUGUAUUCAAGAAGUUGUCAAGAACCUUCACAAGCCUACGAGUCCUUAAGUUUUCUGGUGCUAAUAUUCUUGAGUUGCCUGAUUCCCUUGGCGAAUUGAAGCACUUGAGGUAUAUGGACAUCUCAAAAACUUCUAUUGCAGCACUGCCUCAAUCCAUAAUCAAACUUUACUUGUUGCAAACGUUACGGUUCAUGGGUUGCCAGCGGCUCACAUUUCCAGAUGGCUUGAGAAAUUUGAUAAGCUUGAAGCACAUUCAUUUUGAUUGUGGAAGUUCUCAACCGGUUGAGCUUCAAUACCUAACUUCUCUUCAAACAUUGCCCAUGUUUUGUGUGGGGAUUUCAGAACAUCGCAUCGAUGCACUAAAAUGCCUAAACGAACUUGGUGGGGAAUUGAUGAUGUGCAACCUUGUACAUGUUAGAGACAAACAAGAGGCUGAUGGAGCAAAUCUAGACCAUAAAGAAAAAUUAUGCAAGGUAACAUUUGAAUGGAGCACUGAGAGAAAAUGCAACUAUUACAAUGAUGGAGCAGUGCUGGAAGGACUUCAACCCCACUCAAGUUUGCAAAGCUUAAUUGUUAGGAAUUAUGGCGGAGAAAUCUUUCCCUCUUGGAUGUUAAGACCAACUAAAACUGGUUCGUUUCUGCUUGACAAUUUGAUGGAGUUGGAAUUAAUAUGUUGCAUGAACUGUUAUAGACUUCCACCUUUGGGCCAACUGCGGAAUUUCAAAUUUCUUAGACUGAGUGAUAUGGGGCAAGUGGAAUGCAUGGGUAAUGAAUUUUAUUGCAACAAAAGUUGGGAGGGUAAGAAGGAGGUGUUUCCUGCAUUAAAAACGUUAACCUUAGAGCGAAUGAAAAAUCUGAAAGAAUGGACAGCAAUGGCAGCAACAAUCAUGUUUCCAUGCUUUAGAGGAUAUGUGUGUUUCUUGUUGUCCCCUAUUGCAAAGUGUUCCAUUGACAGGGCAAUGUUUAUCUCUUCAAAAGCUUCGUAUCGAGAAAUGUUCAAAUUUAAGCAGCAUAGGGGAUGGACUAGCGACUUCCAUACAUCUUAAGGAGCUAACCAUAGACGGCUGUCCAGAUUUAGCCUCAAUUCCAAAUUUAAAUGGAUUUUCCAGUCUCCGAAGUCUAAAUGUUCUUUACUGCACUGAACUGGAAAUUGUUCAAAUAACAGGAAGAUGGUCAUCUCUUGAA